UGGUGCUGGCUGCUCUGAAUCUUGUGUUCCGCACAUGAUAAUGUGGUUGUGUUUACAAGAAUCACUUGCUCCCCAUUAACAACUUACUCUAUGGUCUUGAUUCCCAUGAUCAUAUGAAUUAAAAUCAUCAUUCACUUCAUUCCUAUUUGAGUACGUAAGAUCCACUAUGAGUGGAAAAAAUAAAAAGAUUAAGAGCAGAAUAAAGGAGAAAGAGGAGUCAAGUGGAAGGUAUUGUCAAAUGAUGGCUACGCCUUUGAUUUUGUGAAUCUUUUUGGCCAAUUCACAACACCAGAGAGGAGACAAAGAGCCAACUUUGUAAAGCAAAAACGAAGUACUAUUCUCAACACAGACUCAGAGGGGGUGGUUCUUUCUCUCUUUAUUUAUAUUACCUGCUUCCCUUCUUCCAGAUCUCUCUCUUUCAGAUUCUCAGACAUGGAAACAAUGCGCACACCGCCAUUGCUCACAACCAUUCUCUUCGUAUUCUUCUUGUACUUGUCAUUCACAUCUUUCAAUGUAUGUUUCGCUGAAGGAAAGUCAUCCACCGGUGGCAACCCCUUUACGGCGAAAGCUUCCCUGAUUCGGUAUUGGAACAAACAGAUAUCGAACAAGCUCCCCAAACCAUCUUUUCUUCUCUCAAAAGCUUCCCCACUCAAUGCCGUCGACUCGGCCGUUCUCACCAAACUCGCCACCCAAAACGCUCUGUCUUCUCAUCUAUCAUCCUUCUGCUCCUCUGCCAACUUGUUCUGUGUCUUCGACUCAUCGCCCACUUCGGAAAAACAAGUCAAGGACGCUAACUUCGCUUUUUACUCCAAUAGAGGAUUCGCCAACUAUGGCGACUCGCGAAUCGGUGGUGUUGACUCGUUCAAGAAUUACUCCGACGGGUUGAACAUGCCCAGCGGCUCGUUCCGGCGGUACAGCGGGGACUCCACUGACCACCACGAAGAGUUCACGAGCUACGCUCGAGACGGGAACGUCGCCACCGGGAGCUUCGCCGGCUACGGCUCAGGCGCCACCGGCGGCUCCGGUGAGUUCACGAACUACGACCCACUGGUCAACGUCCCCCAUCUCGAAUUCACCACGUACGACCCCAACGGCAACAACCACAAACUCACGUUCGCGGCCUACACCGAUGACACCAACUCCGGCACCGAGUCCUUCACCAGCUACGGCAAGAACGGCAAGAACGUCCCGGCUGAGUUCACCAGCUACGGCGACAACUCCAACAUCAUCGGCUCCACUUUCACAGCUUACGGCCAAUUAGCCAAUAGCCAAAACGACUCGUUCAAAGCUUACGGCCACUCCUCCAACAACCCACAUAACAAUUUCAAGAGCUACAGCCUUGGAGGCAAUGCCGCAACGGAUACCUUCUCAAAUUACAGAGAUGGAGCCAAUGUGGGUGACGAUUCAUUUCAAUCUUAUGCCAGGAGUUCGAACUCUGCAGAAGUGAAUUUCGCGAAUUAUGGGAGGACAUUCAACGUAGGAAACGACACAUUCAAAGAAUACGGAAAAGGGUCGACGGAUUCGUCGGUUGGGUUCAAAAUCUACGGUUUGAAUUACACAUUCAAAGACUAUGAAAGAAAGGGUGUAACCUUCUCUCAAUACAGCCGUGCAAGUAGCAACACUACCGCUACCGCGACUACCGCGAGUGGCAUUUCCGUAAAUAGAUGGGUCGAGCCGGGCAAAUUCUUCCGCGAGUCCAUGUUAAAGGAGGGGAAUGUUAUGGUGAUGCCAGACAUACGCGACAGAAUGCCCGAAAGGUCGUUUUUGCCCCGCGUCAUCGCGUCCAAAUUACCAUUUUCCUCCUCUCGUCUCCAGGAGCUCAAGGACAUCUUCCACGCGCGGGACAACUCCACGAUGGAGCACGUGAUUGCGAACGCGCUGGAAGAGUGCGAGAGAGCUCCGAGUCGCGGCGAGACCAAGCGGUGCGUGGGUUCGGUCGAGGACAUGAUAGACUUCGCCGUCUCGGUCCUGGGGCACGACGUGGUGGUGAGAACCACGGAGACGACGCGUGGGUCAAAGCAGAGGGUGAUGGUGGGGGAAGUCAGAGGGAUCAACGGCGGAAAAGUGACUAGAUCAGUAUCAUGCCACCAAAGCCUGUACCCCUACUUACUGUAUUAUUGCCACUCAGUUCCCAAGGUUAGGGUUUACGAGGUGGACAUUCUUGACGUGGAGCGCAAAGAGAAGAUGAAUAAAGGGGUUGCCAUCUGUCAUAUUGACACGUCAGCAUGGAGUCAGAGCCAUGGCGCUUUCGUGGCGCUGGGGUCCAGCCCUGGGCUCAUAGAGGUGUGCCAUUGGAUCUUUGAGAAUGACAUGACAUGGACGACUUCUGAUUGAUGAUAAAUUAUUUUUCAUUUUUUAUUUUAUUUUUUCACUUUUUCUCCAUUUUUACUUUUGUUGGUUUGGAAGUUGAAUGGGCUGCUUUCCCUUCCUUUUUUUUUUUUUUUUUUUUUUUUUUUAAAUUUUU